AUGAGGCCUAUUUCAUUCUCUAUCCUCACAUCCUUUCUUCUCGUCACAGUUCUUGCAAUAAACGACUGGAGCCAACCUUGUUUCAAUGGAGCUUGCGAGUACUUCCUACCCGCCCAUGAUACGGCAUCUGGAUCAUUGAAAAUCUGGGGGUCUGCUAAUGCACUAUCAGACAUCACACCUGCUGCUGGCUGUGAAAUUAUCGACUGUACCCCAGACACGCUUACACAGGAAAUUCGUCUCGUCUGCUUUAAUAACGAUACCGGCUCGCCCGACUGUGAUCAUCUUUACCAGAAUGAUGGCGCUGUGGGAAAGGUCGUUCGUUUACCAGAAAGCUGUGGCUACAAUGCGUUUGCACGAGAGCAUGGGAUCCUAAAGACCGAUAUCUUAUUAGCAGCAGUAGAGGAAUGGAGGGAUGAAGAACUUGUUAUUAGUGGUAUUCUAAAUCUUCGAGCAUCAGCGCAACUUUUGCAUGUACAGUUUGGUCGCCCUGUACUUCGCCGUGUUGGCACCACUCCUCCUAUGAAGGCCCUGGCAUUGGAUACAAAUUUUUCUACUGUUGAUUCGUUGAAGCUAGUGGAACAAUACUAUUGGCGGUUUUCAUUACUAAGUCUGGCGUUAGGACUGGGGCCAUUAGUUUUGUUCUUCAAGGCGCCAAUUCGCCUGUCACGCCGUGGUUUCACUAGUUUUGUUGGGACGCUAUUGAUGGUACAUCCAUGUCCCCUCGCUACUGUUUUGGGCAACGACGUUAAUGUUGAUCAGACCUUUGAUGUCCCCAUCGACGUGGAUCAGGCUUUCAAUCUUCUGAACGAGAGUAUAUCAUGUCAACCUAUAGCCAGCGGAACUCUUGUUCCUCCCAACAUCAAUGAUUUCGCCAUUCGGGCUAAUCUUGAUGCCACUUUGGACGGUGCUAUUGAUCUAUUCGCCGAUGUUACCGGAACCUUGGACUCUGUGAAAAUACCUCUUUUGCAGGUGGGUAUAUCUGGACUUGAUUUCCUUGGCAUCCUUGUAAUUGGACCAACAUUUGAAAUAGAUGCUCAAACCGUCGCUAAGCUUGACGUCGCACUCGGUCUCAAUGUCGGUGUUGUCUACGACAUCUCCAAAGCCCAAUUUGUCUUCCCGCUUAACAAGAGCGACAACGCAGGUGGUGGAUCCUUUGAUAUCGUUGAUACUCCAUUGAAGCUCUUAGUAUUGCCUGCUGCGAACGCUUCGAGAACGAUUGAAGCACACCUAAUCCCGCGCCUUAACCUAGGCAUAUCUGCUCUGGGUGAUACACUCACAGCCAACGUAUUCCCUGAAUUGGAUGUCAAUGCCGUGUUUGUUUUGGAGCUUGAUGGCGAGACCAACAUCACGGUGGAUAAUGGAUCAACAAACGGAAUGGUGAUGGCGACUACUAUGUCAGUAUCCGGAUACGAAUUGGUUCCUCUGUGCCUGCUGAGACCAGUUCUGCCCUGGAGCACAGCACACAGACUUCGGUGCACGGCACGUCGAGCUCAUCUGUCUCCGCCUCUCAAGAUGCACCGACAUCCACCGCCUUUGGCUCAGGGAGUUCUUCUGUCGAUGUCCCGUCGACUGAUACCAUCUUACAUCCAGAAUGCCGCACGCUAUCGCAGGAGGCAGGGCCAGCCAACCCCCGUCGUUGACGCUGCACGGCUUGCAAGAUCAGUUUCAGCUUCUGAGAGUUCGGAAGUUGGAACCAAAGUCCUCAGCUCCGUUGCUGCAGGUGGCUCGACUUGGGUGGAUGCCCCCCCCAUCAAUGCCGGACUAGACACGAAUGUUGGCGCUGAAGGGAGCUUCAGUAUUUUCGACAGCAGUGUGUCAGAAACGCUGUUCAGCAAAGAUUUUGAGCUCUUUCAGAAGUGCUUUGGUUCUCGGUCCAACCAGAUUACGAGACGCUCAUCGUGGUCUCGACAGGACCGAUUAGCGCAUCGAUCCGUGUUGGAUCUUCUUUGUCCUACUAUCGAUCUUGCUCAGGCAAUUUCAGUUGUUGAUAAGGAAAUUGAUGCUUCUAGUCAUACCAGGGCCUACAGCGAGUAUCCGCCCUUAUCCUCCACUGAUCCAUCUUCUCUCUCGCCCCAUCCCACCUACGACCCAGUACUAGGCACCCUCUUUGAGCUCGUCAUUAUAUACUAUGAGAGCCGAACUAGCGAAUCCACUACAGGCCUGCAGAGUUUCAUCAUCAAAGGACCCCGUGGUUCCAAGGUCCUUGUACAGCUUAUGAUGGUUCUGAGUAUCGAACCUCAGCAGGAACUGCUGGCGAAUCCGGUUUACCCAGGCCUGAAAGAUCGGGCGUCCAUCAAGAUCUUGUUUAGCCACGACCUCGUAACGACAACAGAGGAGAAUGACGUAGAAGAUGGACUUUACAUCGUAUCGAUAGAUGUGCUUCAGUGGAUGACCAUUUUCGUCAUUGAUGAGGAGUUCGAACACCAUGGCCAGUCUCAUGUCGGGAGACGGGACAUAGUCCUCCUCGACCCAUGUAGGACGGUGCGUGACGACGUUGGGAUGUCUCUGUCAUUGAUGUCCCGCAGCAUUACCAUACCAAUCAAAGUAUUACAUCGGGAUAUCAAGCCUAAGAAUAUUCUCUGUUCUGAAGGCGGGACGCAGCUAUUCCUUGCUGACUUUGGUCUAGUGACGUGUGAAGAUGACUACGAGUUCCGCGGGGCAGGCACUCUGCCGUACAAGAGUCCUGAAUGCCUAGGCGAAGAUUUUAGAUCGCCCACCUACUCGACGAGGGCCAGCGAUGUCUGGGCCCUAGGUGGUCUCCUCCUCACGAUCCCGACUAUUUCCUCAAAAUAUUCUCCAUCACACCCUCCGUCAACCAUGUUCUGCUCCACAUCUUCGAAACGCAUCGCCCUUCCUGAACUCCGUACCGAGGUCAGCAAAAUCGAUAAGUUCUUUCUCACCGGCGCGGAACUCGUCAAUGCUCCUUCAAAAGUCAAGCAAGUCGAUCAAUCUUCCGGUAUUUCAACGAUAUCUCGUCCUCACCCCCCCGCCGAUUGGUCUAGCUCUCCUCCCAUCCCGGGUCAACAAUUCACAGUGCAGCCGCAACCGCCUAUGAUGACUCGGGCUCGUGCGACUGUUGGUGCGCUUCGAUCGGUGAUGUCUCAUCCUGAUCGCACACCCUCAUGA